AUGCCUUCCAAGUCCGCGCCCGGCGCUAUUUCCAAGCCCGACGCCGCCCUUGAGGCCGCCAUCGCCCCUAUCGUCGCUCGUCCACCGCAGCAGCCGGCCUCGUUUGCCGCGACGGAACUCCUCCGCGACUCGGCGGGCUACCAGGAUUGGCUCCUCGUCGUCCGCUCGCGUUUGCAGGCCGGUGUCCUCCGGUACCUGGAGAGCGGUGAGCCAUGCGCUUCGUGGCCCCCCUCGCUCGUUCCGUUAUGGGAUCACUACGCCCUUUCCUCGCUCUGCUCGUCUGUCGACCCUCGCUUGGUCCUCCCCGGCUUGUCGACCUUCCGCGACGACAGCGACGGCGCGCCGAAGAUCUGGCAGGCUCUCCGUUCUCGGUAUGGCGCCACCUCGGCUGUUGACCUGCUUCCGGCCGUCGUCACGCUCUUCAGCACCGAGGAGCUCCCCGCCACCACGGACUCGUUCCUACAGUUCCGUGACAGUUUCGAGAACCAGCUUCGUCUGCUCACCUCGUCGAAGGUCACUGUCGACUCUCUGGUCGCCUCGCACCUCCUCUCCCGACUGCCGCCGUCCCUCGAGUCGUGGCGCUCGACCUUUGUCAACGACCAAGGUGAUUGAUUCGACGACCCUGCCGUCUGUCUCGGUGAUUUUCGAUCGCCUCCUACGCGACAUUCGCGCUCGUCCAGUCGACGCUCCCACCGCGGCGCUUGCUCGAUCGUCCGCUCGCGACGCCCGCGCUCCUCGCUCCCCGUGCCCCAACCCAAAGUGUCGCAAGAUGCAUUGGCUCAGGGACUGCCCCGACACCGCUUGGGCAGCCUCCUUCCGCGCGCGUCGUGCCACCGAGAACGGCAACAAGCCCGCCGGCGAACGCAAGUCUUCGCAGCCCGCUGCCUCUCCCGCUGCCGCGCCGGCUGUCGCCGACGAGCACCUCUCGCCCGCGACCUACGCCGCCUGCUUCCUCUCCGCCUCCUCCCCGUUCGACAAGGGGGCCUGGCUUCUGGACUCCGGCGCCAAUCGGCACAUGGCCAACGACGUUCGUCUAUUUACGCACCUGCAGCCCGUCAAGGGACCGCACGUUGCUGGUGUUGCGGGCUCCCUGCCCUCCACCGGUUCCGGCUCCGUGGAGCUCAACACGACCUCCGGUCGCGUCGCCGUCGCUGACGUUCUUCAUGUGCCCUCGUUGCCUUGCAACUUGUUGUCCGUUCGACGCCUCGACCGCCUCGGCUUCACGGUCUCGUUCGGCUCCAACGUCGCCACCAUCCGCAACGCCGCCGGAGAGGCAGCGGGCUGCGAAGACUUGCGUUCGCCGGCGGGCUUGUUGCCGUUCUCGGUGGCACGACGCGCGCGGAAGGAGGCUGCCCAAGCGGUGUCGGGGCAGUCCCUGAGCCAAUGCAUCUUGCGACACUUUGGGUUGGGGCACGGGGAGCGAGGAGCGCGGGCGUCGCGAGCGGACGAUCGAGCAAGCGCCGCGGUGGGAGCGUCGACUGGACGAGCGCGAAUGUCGCGUAG